UUUGCCUACAGCACCUGCUGUGUACACCAUUAUCCGGGUUGGACGGUAAUUCAGAGCGAAACAUCGGUGUAAAGAUGGAGUUGUUUGGGCUCGUGUUUUUGGGCAUCCUCGGCGCCGUUUGGGCACAAUUUCCUACACCAUGCACCCCGCCCACACAGUUCCGAACCCGUAUCUCACAGUACGAUCAUGGCCGGGACAUUAUCCGCAGCUUCAAUGUCACCUAUGACGAGACAAACAGGCGGAAGUACAUCGUGGAAGAAGAGAGGAACGUCAUCCCAGGAAACCAAUUUUUCACCUACAUCGUUCUCGUCCAAGAAAAGGUUCUCUACACCAUCGACCACAAGACUCACGUUUGUACCAAGACCCCAAAUCCAACAUGGCGCUCAAUCGCUAUCGCUCCUAACUCCACCUUUGAGGAUCAGUUAUCGUUUGGUGGACCAGGGGAGGUGAUUUAUGCCAGUCAGUGGUCCGACAGAGUUCCACUCAGAAAAAGUGAGUCUUUGCUUGUCGAGUUCACUGCGCAGAAAUGCUACCCUCUCCGCUUCGUGUACGUGACCCGAGGGGACGUUACAGCUACAGUGUCAGAGUUCUACCGUGACUUCCAGAUGGGCAUCCCUGACACCAGUGUCUUCACGCCACCCAGUGAAUGCCGCUCCGCCAAAUGGGUUCCACAACCCAAGCACUUCCUGGGAAUGAGCUUAAUUUGGAGAUCCACGAUGCAGAUCGCUUUGCUACUCUUAAUAUCGGCUGUGGCCAUAUUGGCCCAGGAUCCAACACCCUGCUUCACGCCUCGACAAUUUCACGGUCGUGUGGCUCAGUACAAUCACGCUCAGGACUACGAGAGGAAAUUUAUCUUUACCUAUGAUGAGCCUAACAGGCGGAUUGUCGUCUUCGAGGAGGAUCUCGUGGUCAUUCCCGGGAAAAAAUUUUACGAGUACCUGAUCCUGAACAACGAGAACGUGUUGUACACGAUCAACAUUAAGACGCGUGAGUGCACGAGAUCCACACCGCAGCCAUGGCGCUCCUGGGGAAUCCCCCAGAACGCCACCUUCGAGGACGAAUACACCGUGGGGGGUCCUGGGGAGGAAAUCUUCGUGACGGAGUGGUCUGAUAGAAUUCCCCUGAGGAGAAGGGAGUUUUGGAUUGGUUCUUUCAGCAACAAGAAUUGUUAUCCAAUCAGAACCGUUGUUAUUGCCAAUGCCAACAUUACCGACACGGUUACCACCAACUAUUAUGACAUCAUCGAGGGAAUUCCCAACCCUAACGACUUCGUGCCACCGCCGGAGUGUAACCAGGCCAAGUUUGUGGAGAAUGCUUAUAUUGCCUUCCAUCACUAGCUUCAUAGCUUCAUAGAAUGACGUGCAUGGGAAUUACUAAACGCCAGAUACUUUGAAAUUCGUUGUAGCCAUCUUGGUAAUGUAAAUACAAAUUAGAUGGGAAGGACAUGAAGAUAUAACCCUUUACAGUAUGUCAAGCUAAACUGUGAUGUAUACGUAUACGAAGUUAUGUUUGUUGUCGUUAGCUUCGCCAGUAUCCUGUAAGACAUUUAAAUAUCCACCACUGACAGCGCUUACGUCUUCAACGGAAGGUUUCUUACGUAGUAGCACGCAAAUAAGAACAGACAUCAUCCUAUCUAACCUUAACUGUCCUUGAAUUAAAUUUUAUAUAGUACAUUUCCUUUCGACACAGUUAUGCACUCGAAAAAUUUUUAUGUAAUUGAUGUAUGUAUAUAUGAGAUCGGUCAACAUAUAAUAGUUUAUAUAGAUAGUAUAGAUUAUUUUGUAGCAUAAAUCUAUUUAAUGAUUUCACGGGACAAAACGUUAGUGUCCUUAAAAUGAACCUAAAGUAGAGAGAGAAAAGAAACUCCACUCUUUGUAAUCUUUUAUGUGUAUAAAACAAUAUGUUUGCUUUCACGCUUGCUUAUGUAGCACCACAAGAUAUGUGGAUUAUCUUUUAUUAUCUCGCUUUUUCCCCUAUUUUCUAUUUUUGACCAUUACCCUGGUUUAUCUACCAAUAUUCCGUGUGCCAAAUUUGUAGAUAUUCGCUUUUCAUUUCAACUAACCCCACGCUUAAAUAUGCACUUAACGCGGUACGAACAAAUUCUACAAUACUGCAGGCUAUACUCCAAAAUCUUUUCUCAUGAAAUUUAUUCGAAAAUGAGUAUUUAUUUAUUUAUGAUGUUAUACUAAUCAUCUCCACUACGAUGAACUUUCAACUGCGAGCACAAAUUGCUUUUCAUGUUCGCUUAUAUAGCUUUUAUUUUCGAUCGUAGCAUAUUCGAUAAGAGCGCUCCUCCUUAUUGGGGAGCUCUUCUGGGUGGGUGGGUACAAAUCGGUUAUGUACCAGUCUAGUCCUGGCAUGAUGGUGCGCUUUGUAAAUAAGCUUCGUUUUAUUAUC